GGCUUCACUGGCUGUACUGCAGGAAUCCGGAUAUGAUGAAAAUGUUUGAGUCGCAACUAUCCGCAGCAAAUUACCGCCACUGAGCGUCGACAGCGUCGCGAGGACUUUUAUUGACCGUCAACAACAUCUGGACAAAGUUGGACCGGGACACACUGGCUCCUAAAGUUACCGAAAAAAAGUUUUUGGACGCUACUCUUUCACCCACUUUCGUCUUUUCUUCCCAGCGUCUCGGGGACAGAGUCGGAGGAAGGAAGGAUGGGAAUAAGUCAGCUUUGAAGCGAGGGAGUUGUCAUGUUUGAAAGCGCUGAGGGCUGAGGGAAGGGAGGAACUUCUGCUUCUGCCGUGUGUGUGUCCCAAAAAGACGACUGUCUCAUGUCCAAGGAGACUGUCCUUCCUCCGGAUGGGCCGGCAGGGCCAGGGAAGGGCCCUCAGCAAGAGACAAGUCCCCUGCUGCCAGCCUCGCAAGAUGCUUGUGACAGUGAAUCGUCAGGAAAAACCUCGUCUCCCAGGAAACCAGCUGCUAAAGGACAAAGUCACGUGACCGAGGAGAAGCCUAAUUAUUGCGAGCCUGUAAGAACUCAACCCCAGUCUCAGCCAGUGCCCUCGGAGCCUGCUGAGGGAGAAGCUGGCAAGGACCAAAAUGGCUUUCGCCACAACAGCACUGGCACGCCCGCGCUGAGCAACGGCAACGGCAUCCACCCUGGCAUCAGCGGGGCCGGGGCCACGCGCACAUGCUCCUGUGGUGCCAACAUCAGCAUGGGCGCCACGGGUGGGUCAGGCUCUGGCACAAGAGCAGCCGCGACCGCGACAACGACGGAGCAGCCCAGGAAGCAUCCGUCCACGCCUGUGUCUGAGAGGGUGCAGAGGAAAUUGAGGUCCAGCUUGUCAGUCAACAGUGACAGCAGCCGACGCAGCAAAGGCAGUUCAACGGGGUCACAGAAGCCUCCUUUACCAGAGGUCAGAGAGUCCGUUUGCCAUGCGGGGAAGCCGUCACUUUGUCAGGUGCAAGGCGGAGACUGCUGCGUCCACUGCAUCUUGGCCUGCCUGUUCUGCGAGUUCCUGACACUCUGCAACAUGGUGGUGACCCAGGCCUCGUGCGGCGCAUGCACAUCAGAGGCGUGCUGCUGCUGCUGCUGCACCGACGACCUGGGCGACGAUUGCAACUGCCCCUGUGACAUGGAUUGUGGCAUCAUGGAUGCCUGCUGUGAGUCCUCAGAUUGCCUGGAAAUCUGUAUGGAGUGCUGCGGCAUCUGCUUCCCCACAUAGGGAGGCCUGCGCUGGAGGAGAGCGGCGUUUCUCUGCGGGGGGAUAACUGGACUCUGGAUGGAAGAAUGGAAGGAAACUGCUGCCGCUGCUGUCACUUUGAAUUCAGCAACAGGCAGAGGUUGUGUGUGUGUGUGUGUGUGUGUGUGUGUGUGUGCGUGUGUGUGUGUGUGUGUGAGAUGGACAGCAUAUGUGUUUGUGAAUGUCCUGUUGAGUGUGUGUGUUUGAGUAAAGCAUGCCUUGAAAGAUGUAUUUUGACACUGGGCUUCCAGCUCAGCAGGGGCUUGGAGUAACUCCAGAUAUAUGAACACGUCAGUUAAAUCUUCAGUUUAUCGUAAGUUGUUUCUGUUACAUAUUCUAUCCUUUGCGUAAAAAGUAUUAUCGCAGACUGCCUGAAAGAUUUUAUUGUUACAUCAGGAAUGCUGUCUAAUUGUAUCUUGCCUUUGUAGUCAUUUUGAUGAUCGACGUGUCGUGUACACCAACCAAAAUGAUUUAUUUACUCUGAUUUAAUUUCAAUACAUGUGUUUCUUUUUUUGAUGCUCAAAAACUGAGGUUGCGGUCUUAGUACUGUACAACACUGUAAAAGGUUUAUGUGACAUUCCAUACAAUCUUAGUUGCAUACUGUAGUUUUGCAACUUUCAUUUACAGUUAUCUACUGUAGCACUGUAGAACAGUUGAAACUGGUGAAAUAUUACAGGUGAAUCAGGACUUCAGAAAUGCUACUAUCUAAAACCAAAAGUAAAGAAUGUGCCUGUUUUAGGAUGUUUUUACUUUUACGAGAAAAAAACUGCACAAAAAUGACUGAUAAGCACGCAAUUGUUUGCUUAUUCAUGCUGGAAAGUCUAUGAAAACAUGUUUUUUUUCCAAUUAAUGUCAUCUCUCCUGAUUUGGCAGCAUUUGAAGCCUCGGGUUUACUGGAAAUACAGCACAGAUACUCACCUUUUUGAUGAAGCAGAAGAGGUUCUGACCAGCUCACUAUAACGUGAAGAUAGACAAUGGGCCUCAUGCAGAAACAUUCUCUUAAAUUAGUUUUACAUUUUGUCUUAAUUUUCUAAGAAAAGUCGACUCCAGAAGCACCAAAUUUUCUUAACCAUCCAAAUCUGCUCUUACCCAAGUGGCUGACUGUUUCCUCUCCCAAAACAGUAUACAAGCACAAUGCAAAUACUCUGGCAUAUACCCAAGAAGUCGAGGGAUGACACCAAAAAAGGUCUCUAAGAAGAAUAACUUCAGCAGUAGUGAAAUCAAUGUACUGUUAAAUAAACUUAAACAAAGUAAACUUGAUUUUUCAGAGCGUCAGUUCUGGAAUUUCAGGAAAACCAAAAACCAAAUAAUGGUAAAACAUUGGUGAUACUGUAAAAGCAUUGUCAGCAGAGGGCCAAGGCAUCUGAGAGCAGUAAUGGAGCCAUUUAGAAGCAGAACGAUUUUAUAAUAUUUCAUUUUAUUUUAUCUUUUUUUUUUUUUUUGAUCGUUCAAGAGUUUUUAUAGUCUUAAUCAGGAUCAGUGGACUAAUAGUAUUUCUUAAGCCCACACAUUUAAUAAUACAGUCAUUAUACAAAUAUUGUUAAACAUAUUUUAAUAUAAAUUUGAUUCUGUGAUAUUCAUGCUUUUAUUUACGUUCCUCAAAUUCGAAACUUGUGUUUCCUUGCCUUCAACAACAAUUUGUAGACUGAAACAUCGACAUAUAGAAAAGAGCGAAAUUAAGAAAACAUUGGUGGGCCUUAGAAAUCAGAAGGUACGUACAAAAUGAGAACAAAUCGUGGUUACAAAAAAAAGGACAUUUGUUAUAUAGCCUCCUGCAUGAGGCCCAUUGUGUACAGCUCUUUAUUUCUAUGUGAGCCCUCCUCGCAUGUUAGCCAUCAACGAUUAGGCUUUGUCAGCUGCACAUGGUACAAGUCUUUUCUGUGAUGCUAUUUUACAUACAUACUGUGUAAGUCUGACUUGUUGAACUGCACUCCCGUUCACGAGGGGUGUGAUAUGGAAUUAAAAAAUGGUGACCCUGGUUGCCAUAUAAGCCGCUUUCGGGUAUCAAGCCCAGUGACUCACAAUACAAAAAAGGAAUCAUGAACUGUCAUGUUGAAAUGGUAAACUAAUGCAGGGUAAAGGCAGUUUUCUUCUCCUUUUUUUUCCCCUCUGUCCCCUAAUUCUGUGUAUCUCGAGAUGAGUUUGUGGUGAAUCACCAGCGGAGUCAUUUUCUUGUCUCAGAGAUCCGCUUUGAUGUUGUUUAAGUGAUGAUGCUUAAUGCUGGCCUUCAUUAGCACUGCUUACUAACUGGUUACAAAAAAAACGUCCCUUCCUAACGCCAACAAAGAUAAUGUGCUGUCAUGUACGGCCCGUCUUAAUGGCGCACUGUUAUUGUGUGUGAGGAGGUUGGAUAGGCACCUCUGCAGCAGAUAAUGUGCAGAAAGUAAACCUCAUUUUCAUUUUUAUGAUUAACUCGUGCCAAGAGUGUCAAGAAAAUACUUUAGAUAAUGUGAAGAAUUCAUUUAAACAGAAAAAAAUGUAUACAUGUAGCUACAGUAGUUGUCCUCUUAUACUAUACUGUUGUAUGAUUUAUUUCUUCUGUGCCUUACACUUGAUCCUUCUCAUUUUCAUCUCGAUACAACUCAACUCAGAGCUCACAGCUCAUUUUCUUAGUUUUUUUGUACAUUAUCUUCAGUCUCAAAGAGAACUGUUUUUUAAAAUAAAUCUUCCAAAAAAAAUAUUACUGUUUUGCACACAGUUUUUAAACAAUACAUUUCUGUCUCUUCUUCCUUUGUGUUCCAGUUGUUAACCAGCAAACUCUUUACAAUUCACCUGGGUAAUAAAUGUGAC